AAGUUUACUUAAGAAUCCAAUUCCACACCAUUGUACUAAUUGUUUGCUUCACUCUCUCACGUGCUCAUGCUCAUAAAUUCAGAAUCAGAAACAUUAUAAGAACAAGUAACUUCCCCUUUCACUUGCACCUACCAACAUUGUUGUUUGCUUUAGUAACUCUCCAACGUUUUUGUCUCAAUCUUCCAAUUCCUAGUUCCUAUUUUCUUCAGUUUUCUUUCAUCUUCUAUUGAGUUCAAAUGGGCAAGUUCUGGGUCUUGAUCAGCCAACUCCAUUCCGUUGCUGGGCCGGUGGUGACAUUGUUGUAUCCUCUGUAUGCAUCUGUUGUGGCUAUGGAGAGCACUUCCAAAUUGGAUGAUGAUCAGUGGCUUGCUUAUUGGAUCCUUUAUUCGAUUCUCACCCUUGUGGAAAUGGUUCUCCAACCCUUGUUGCAAUGGCUACCCAUUUGGUAUGAUGCGAAACUAUUGCUGGUGGCAUGGCUGGUUCUGCCACAGUUCAAAGGUGCUGCUUUCGUGUAUGAAAGGUUUGUGAAACAUCACAUUAGAAAACACAUAACAGACAGGAUUCACAAGUCUCCCAAGAAAGGGAAUUAUGAUUCCUGAGGCUUGUUGAAUUGGAAGGAGUGAAAGAAAGUGCUUUUGACUGAAGAUGCAAGCGUUUGAUGACCAGCUUUCAAUUUUUUAUUUGGUUUAUUGGGUUUAAUUUAUCCUUUAAUGUAUGCUUUAGACACAAAUUUCAAAUCCUUGCUUUGUUGUUUCAA